AUGGGCUUGCUCGGCCCGGACAUUGGGGCAGACUGCUGGGGCAUUGCCAUGGCGAGGCAUUCCAACGAGUUUCCUUUGUGCUCCGUGAACCUGCAGUCCUCGUAUGCUUCGCUGCUACGCGUCGUUACUGACAUGCUGACGACGUUCCCGAACAGGACAUUCUACCUCACUGGGCACUCACUUGGCGGCGGCGUUGCGAAGCUGGUGGACAUGGAGCUCACGUCGAGGCAUUUGACGAAGCGUCCGACGACCAUCGCCUUCUCUGCUCCAGGCCUGCUGCUGGCAUCACAGGUGCUUUACUCUGGCCACGUCAGCACUCUGCAAGAGCUCGGCAGUGCGCUCUCCAGCAUCACCAUCCGGCCAACCGGUGAUGUCGUGUCGGCUGUGGACAUUGAGCUCGGCAGCCGAAUCGCGGCGCCAUGUAGCGGCUUCGCGUUGCAAUGCCACAGCAUCUACAGCACUCUCUGGCACAUAUUCACUUUGUGUGGUACCGCUGCGACGUCAGUGAAUGUUUCGAUACCCUGCUCCUGGCCAGACUAUGUUUUCUCAAAUCGAAUGCAGUGGGAAAGGACCAUCGCGAAUUACCUGAACAAGCAUCCUGAGAAAUCCUGCCCUGGCAAAGCUGACUGA